AUGGAAGGAGAGACUGUACCCGCGGCCAGGACAGGAGCCAGCAAAGCCACGCGGAUCGCCCUCGGCGUCUUUGUGAGUGGGACCGUUGUUCUUGGCACCGCACUUUUCUUGGUUAGCCAAGGUCUUAUAAAGUUUCAUCCGAAGCAACAGUACUGUUUGACCUCAGAGUGCAUUGAAGCUGCUGCUGGCAUCCUAAGCAAGAUAAACCAAUCCACAGAUCCAUGUGAGAACUUUUAUCGGUUUGCAUGUGAUGGUUGGAUAUAUAAUCACCCUAUUCCAGAAGACAUGUCAAACUACGGUGUUUAUCCGUGGCUGCGACACAAUGUGGACCUCAAACUAAAGGCGUUGCUUGAGAAACCCAUCAGCAAAAGACGAGACAGUGAAGCUGUACAGAAGGCCAAGAUCCUUUACGCAUCCUGCAUGAAUGAGAAUAAAAUUGAAAAAGCUGACAUGAAACCCCUGUUAAGUAUACUGAGGCAUUCACCUUUCCGCUGGCCUGUGCUGGAAUCCAACAUUGGACCUGAAGGGCUGUGGUCAGAAAGGAGGUUUAGCUUAGUCCAAGCCUUGGCAACUCUUCGCGGUCAACACAGUAACUCUGUCUUCAUCCGUUUAUAUGUGGCUGCUGAUGACAAAAUCUCCAAUCGAUAUAUCCUGAAGCUCGAUCAAGCAAGCCUCUCUCUUGCUUCUCGAGAGGAUUACCUAGAAAACACCACAGAAGCUAAAUCUUACCGAGAUGCCUUUUUGCAGUUUAUGGUUGAUACAGCAGUGCUUCUGGGUGCAAAUGCUUCACGAGCAGAGUCUGAUAUGAAGUCAGUUCUAAGACUGGAAGUUAAAAUAGCUGAGAUCAUGAUUCCAUAUGAAAAUCGAACAAGUGAGGUGAUGUACAAUAAAAUGAACAUAUCCGAGCUUAGUGCCAUGAUUCCACAGUUUGACUGGUUGGGAUACAUCAAGAAGGUGAUUGACACCAGACUCUAUCCUGAGCUCAAAGAUAUAGGUCCUUCAGAAAAUGUGAUUGUCCGUGUUCCCCAGUACUUCAAAGAUUUAUUCAGGAUACUAGAAAAUGAAAGGAAAAAGACUCUUGCUAACUAUCUGGUGUGGAGGAUGGUUUAUUCAAGGUUAUUUAAUCUCAGUAGACGUUUUCAGUAUCGGUGGCUGGAAUUUUCUCGGGUGAUCCAUGGAACCACAACUUUGCUGCCCCAGUGGGAUAAAUGUGUGGACCUCGUUGAAAGCGCUCUCCCUUACGUCGUGGGCAAGAUGUUUGUGAAGGCUCAUUUUCAAGAAGACAAGAAAGAGAUGAUGGAGGAGUUGACUGAAGGAAUUCGCUGGGCUUUUAUUGACAUGUUGGAAAAGGAAAAUGACUGGAUGGAUUCUAAAACAAAAAGAAAAGCUUAUGAGAAGAGCAACAGUUACAAAGACAUGACAGUCCCCCAGCUCAACCGUAACAGAUACAGAGGUAUGGGAGACACAUUCUCUGUAUGGAGGAGGAGUCUACAAGGGCAUGCUCAGAUAUCUACUUGGUAUACCCUCUCUAUUUCCAAUGAAUGUGCAUUUCCUGGCUCUGGUGAUCUCCGUGUCCCGUAUACGCCCUCCUGA